UGAUAUAUAUACACCGCUUGUAGCUUAAUUUCCUUUUUUUCUAUGAAGCUGUCUAUACCUCAUCUAUUACUCCGUGCUACUUUGAUUACUAGUAAUAGUGAACGGGUGCAAUGAUAUAUAUGAUCAUUGAAUGGUAGCUGGAUAUCUAGACCUAGAUUGCUUCUUCUAAAUAGAGAUCGACGACUGUCAUGAAAUGCUGGAAAUUGCAGAAUGGCAACCAAAGUGUCCAGAAAAGGAAUGGUCAAAACAAGGUUUCAGCUCCCACGCCCAGCUCUUCAGCAAGCAGUUGUCACUGUCUUACCAGUAACUGUGGGAAUGAUUCUGCUUUCAUGGCUGGGAGUCUUUUCAUCAGCAACAUUUGACACUGGAGUGGAGAACUAUGCAGAAAGAUGGGAGGGAGGGGUGCCUUCCUGGUUGCCCAUGCCACUAAACACCAUUGUAAAUGCUGGGUACAUCCUUGUAUGUGCAUAUUGGUGCUGCUUGAUUUGGCAGGCUAACAGGGUGGGGUUUGUUAAAUGCCAGGAUGCUUUCCUUUUCUACACCUUCAACAUCAUGGGAUGUCUGUAUGGGUUGAUUCAGGCUUAUCGAAUACUCUAUCAGUCACCAGCAAGUGCCAUCAUUGAUCAGUGGUACACUCUGCCAUUUUUCAUGAUGGUUGUUGUUUGGGCUCAGGUUUUUCACCAUGGAUGGUCCAUGCAACGCUUUGUCAUUUUAAUGUUUAUUUCAGUUGCCAGCUAUAGCCUGUCUCUUGUAACGUCGUGGGGGUUUGAGAUAACACUUGGUUGUCAUAUAUCUUUAGCUAUUUAUACUGUCACCUGUGCAUAUAGAAAGUACCCAUCAGAUGAGGCACUCCAGUAUUUCGUUUUAGGGACCCUCAGCUGCUUUGGAUUUGUGAUUUUAAAACUGUUGGAUUUAAUUUUACCCCAGUUCCACUGGAUUUUCAAUAAAAUUACUGGACAUUUCCUAUCCAAAAUUUGUGAUAUUUUUCAGAUUUAUUAUUCAAAUGAAUUCUUUUUUACAAUGAUCUUUGACAAAGCUGCUGCCCAUUCAGUGCUGCCCAACACAGAGUAGGUGUGCAGGCCCUAGGUCAGUGAUAGGUUGAAGGGAACUAAGGUUGUCCCUGUAUAAUAGUAAUCACUUACCACCACUUUCAUUUUACCAUGAGAGGACCAUAGUUUUUCACUUGUAUUUUUUUAAAAUCUAUUGGAUACUUUCCUAUUCAGCUAACUCUACGAUACCCUCAAUUCUUGUUACCCGAUUCCUCUUUGCAUUUUCUAUAUUUGUCUUUUAUUAGUCAUCAGUAAUGUUGUUCAUCCUUCCGUCCUUCGUAUGUUCAUGUCUAGUUUGUCUCUCAUGCUAAAAGCAUAAUACUUAUGAAUGUGAGCAUGCUAUAUAAAUCACAUGUUUAUUAUUAUUAUAACCUAUAAACUGUGAAAACUGAAAUUGCAUACUUGCUAUGAAUGAUAAUGUGACUAUUUAUAGUGAUGCAUAUGAAAUUAUAAAUUGCACGAGUGAUUUUGAUGCAUGUUUUAAAAAUCGAAAUUCAUUGGUUGCUUGUACCAAAACCUUCUAUGACUAAUGGUAGUCAAUUCAAUUCAUGUUAAGCCAUGUCAUUCAUCAUUCAUAUUUAUACUAAUUACAAAUCAAAGUUUCAAAUAGAGCCUAUAAUUUUAGAAUUAUGUUUCCAUUAUCCUGCUUUUGGCAUAAAAAGGCAAUUUUCUCUAUGCAUUUUUAUGCAAUUUCUAUGUAUAGUGACAGGAAAAUGCAUGGAUUAUGUUUCAUGUUAUGGCAAGCUAAAAUAUAAGGCAUGCAUCUCAACACAUGAGAUGCAUGCCUUAUAUUUUAGCUUGCCAUAACAUGAAACAUAAUCCAUGCAUUUUGCUGAAAAGUCACCUUUAGUUUCACGUUGCAACAAUGAUAGAACUUGUUUGUUUGUUUGGAGGAGUUGUUGGUUGGUAACUCAAGCAAUGCCCAAAGCCACACCUACCAUAUCAAUAUUGGAAAAAGAUAGCUUCUGACAUUAGUGAAACGCCUGCCUGAUAAACAGCAAUUUGAAGUCUAGAAGAAAAAGAAAAAAUGAUGUUCAUGCUAAUGCCCAUACAGAUGUGCACUUUAUAAAACUAUAAACAUAAAACAGUAUAAUGAUUACAUGUUUCAAAUAAAUUUUGGCUUGGAAAAAUGUACAGUUUUACAUUUUGGACAUUUUAAAAGAAAUGUAUUAAUGACAUAUAUAAAAUUAUAAAAAUAAACUUGACAGAAGUAUAUAUUUCAAUAAGUAGUACACUGUAAUAACUUUUUCUGAUAAUGUGCCUGAUAAAGCUGGCAAUGAAAAAAUAACCCAUCCAUCGUUUUAUUUUUUAAAUCAUGCUUUUUACCCACAAAAGAUGGUCAAGCAAUGAAUUUUUUUUUAUCCUCAGGGAAAUGAAAAAAUAAAACCCACAACUGAAUCCCUAAUUCUUUCUUAAUUAUUUGAGAAAAUAACUUUGAUGGAAUACAUAUUUUGCUAUUUUGCAAAAAUUAAAACAUUAUAAAAUGCAAAAAUAUGCUGUUCUUUGAAAAAAAACCACUUUGAAAUAAUAUCCUGCCUGCAUAGAUUUUAACUUUGGCAAAUGCUAUCCUUAAGAGAAAGGAA